AGAAGUUACAUACUGGACAUUGUGUGUGGUGGGGUGGAAAUGUGGGUGCACAUAAAGUUUUUAGGAGCGGCUCCCCAGCUGCCGAGUUAGUCUAAAAUUAAUCUCUCUCUUCAUUGGCCACCAGCCCCAAAGCCUUUUUAGGGGUGUGUGUUUAUACUACACCAACUGGGCUUUGCUGCUCUUUGACCAGAAACAGUCUAGCCUGAAAGACAGACCCAGACAGAAGCAGUCUACAGUUUACUACUAAAGAGACCAGCCUGCCAUGUCAGUGUCUCAGGUCACCCCCACCCUGUUCCUGAGUGGGGCCGAUGCUCCUCUCAACCAGGCCCUAGUCUCCCGAAAGGGUAUCACCCUCAUUGUCAAUGCCACACUCAACCACGCCUGUCCCAUCUACCCGGGGGUGGAGUGCCUGCGCGUGCCCGUCUCGGACCUUCCAAGCGCACGCCUGGGCGACCACUUUGACCGCGUCGCCGAGCGGAUUCACGGCAACCGGACGGGGGGUACACUGGUGCACUGUGCGGCGGGCAUGAGCCGUUCUCCAGCCCUGAUUAUGGCGUACCUCAUGCGUUACCGGGGUGUUACUCUGUGCCGUGCCCACAAAUGGGUGCAGGAGUGUCGGCCGUACGUGCGGCUCAACGCAGGUUUCUGGGCUCAGCUGCUGGAGUACGAGAGGAGGCUCUACGGGAGGAAUACGGUGAAGGUGGCCACACCCAUGCCUCCACUGACCCAGUUGUCAUGGCCACCGCGCUCACCGCUGACACAGCGGUCGCUGACACUGUUGGCUGGGUCACCGUCUUCGUCAUCACAGGCCAAGGGGGUGAAUAAGGAUGGGCUUGUAAGGAAAUGGUAGAGAUGGAGUUUCUUUCUAUGUGUGAAUAUGUAAUUUAGCAGGCUAGGCAGUACUUUCUUAUUUGUUGGUUCCCGUUCCAUGAUGCUUAGCCGAGAUUGAGCUAUAGAUUUCACACCAGCUUGUCUCCCCAAAAUCAACCAAUGGUCACAACAUUUUACCUUUAUUACUUCUGGUAGAGUGACGAUAAGUAGUCAUGAUAAUUCAAUACACUUUAAAUGUUAGAAUCGAAAAAAAACGUGCCCCUUGCUGAUUUCAUCUGCCCCCUCAAUCAUUAUAUCCUGCUCUUCAGGCACCAGGUUUCACACCUAUCUAGGGUGUGUUUAAAGUACUUCUGUGGCUAUAGUUUCCACUAACCCCAGAAUGAGUACCAACAUGCUAUUUGGGACCAUAUUGUACAUGCGCAGUAUCCCCAAAUUAUUAUGUUAAAGGUUUAAUCUGUGGCAUUUAUAGUCAAUACAUUCUUUAAAAUUGUCUGAUUUUAAAUGUGUAAUGGUCUCAACACGUGCAUUUUGUUUUGAUGAAUCACUGCUCUCCACAUUCCUGUUAGAUGUUAGCUAAAGAGAUAAGUGGUCAACUGACAUGUUUGGAAAUGGGGUAUUUCCGAUUAGCAAAUUCUGCAAAAGACGCACAGUUGCCUCAGCACUGUCCCGGUCCGUGAAGGAUGGUUUCAGCCGGGGUUGUUUGCCUCAUUGCAACUCCUUGCGGCAGCCUUGGUUUCUGCAAGCUGGUUGCCCCCGUCAGUUAAACAAUCUCCAACACACACAACAUAUUGAUACAACUGAACUUAGGGAACAUCCUUACAGUGACUAUCAAAUAUUUACCUCAUAACUAUUUACAUCGCCACAAACACACUGAGUUACAAAUAGAGGUUAAAGUAGGAGAGAUUUCUACUUUUAUGGUGGAGGGAGUGGUAAUACGUGCAAUCACCUGGAUGUUUAUGCAUUCUUAUUUUCAAGAUACUUUAAACUCUAUCAAGGUGUUAGGAAUCAUGACUAGAUAGCAGUUCUUAAGUUUUUGAUACCCCUGCCGAUUUAGUUCAAAACUAACCUGGCCAGUGAGGAACAUUUCAUUUUUACUCUGUGACGAAAUUCAGUAUUGAGUUGGCCUGGUCUUAGAGGUUAUUGUUCUGUUUAAAACUGAAUUUCUCUCUGUGUCUGUUGUAAAGAUUGUAGUAGCUUUUCCUUUAGGAUUUUGCCUCUGCUUAGCCCCAUCCUAUCUCUAGUAAUGGAAUGGCUGCUUUUUCAUUUUUAGUCUAUCAAAUCCAAGAUCCCAAGCUUGCCAAAGCUUCUGCACACGUGCAGACAAAGUUCAACAGCAAGAUGCCUAAUUGGGAAUGUGAACUACGGUUUCUUAAUUGAAAGGUAUCUCCUUGAAUUCAAACAGAUCCUGCACAAAUGUUUAACAUGCUGAUCAAUGGCAAAACAUUACGAGUUGUUAUAUACAAUUGUUGUGUUUUUAUCUUACAGUGAUGUUUUACUCCGCUAUUCUACAGGUCUUGUUACAUUAUAUGUGGCCUAGAAUACAAUAGUCAUAAUGCUAUCUUGCAGGCAUACAUUCAAAUUAAAUUAUUCAGAAAGGCAUGUUCUCUACAAAUACAAAUGGAUGCAACAUAUUUUUCCAUUCAUAACUACCUUCCCAUAUUAAUGUUUUUUUUUUUUAAAGAAACAAUACAGACCAAAUAAUCGUUUUUCUUCCCCCCCACUACAUGCUUUUGGAGACCCUUCUUGCACAUUCACCACAUUGUGCCUAUUUGUUCUGGGAUGUAUUCUUUAGAUUCUUUAUGGAAGAAAAUAUUACUAUAAAAAUGUAUUGAAAAACUGUUUCGCAUAUGCCUUCCUCAUGCACAGAAGUGUAUUUUCACAUAAUGAUAUAGAAUUUUACCUGUGUGAAUGUCAAAGAGUUGUUUUGUAGUACAGGCUUAUGUCCUUUUGGAUUGUGUCGUGUGUAUAUAAAGAGAAAAUGGAAAUGGUAGUUCCUGUUCUUGUAUUUUAUUCAGGCUACCUGUAAUUAUGAAAUCCUAAAAUAAUGGGCCUUUUGCUGGAGUGUAUACAAGUGUCUGGUACAAACAUUAAUAGCAGUGGCGAACAGUGACUACUGGAGCUAGGCCGCCAGUAGCUGAAAAAGAUCUGACGUCAUACCUAUAGACAGAGAACUCGGAUACCUGCGUAUACAGAGCAUGACUUGAGACCUUUCCUUUGCAGACCUAUGUAGGAGAAGCAAUUCUUUGAUGACAUAGUCAAAUGGUCCUAAACCAUGCCUCGGCUGUGGCUCACAGAAGCAGCAGACGUACACAACGGUUGCAAAUAACGAUAGCAGGAACCAGGUUAGAAGAAAAUAUAGUUGUGUCGUUUCGAAGAAACUUUUCCCAAAACGUGUCACUCUGUAUACUUAAGCCCUCUAGAGGGCUUUGAGGCAUCAUACAACUGUCCCACCUAUUACAAGACAAUUGGUGAUUGGUUGAUUCUAAUACUCUUACUGAAGUCAGUGUUAAUAGAAUGGCUCGUGCCUUCUAUUCAAAACCUGAGGGCCUAGCCAAUGAGCGUUGAGCACAGCUAGAUCAUUUCUACCAAGAUACUACCAAAGAAAAAUUCUGAUUGGAUAUUAUUUCUCUUGGCAAUUAACCCUUCUUUUCCCAACACAAACUGAAGAAAUUCAAUAGGAAGAUCAUUACAAUUAAGAUUAAAUCAAAGAAAACAGAAUUACAGAUUUGUAUCUAUCCUCUCUGAGGGCGUACAGGGCCUUAAAUUCUCGUUUUGUUAUUCGGCUCUGAAAAAUGUAUUAACUUAACCGAACUGGAUGGAAAAUAUUGCCACCUACUGGCUUUAAAGGGCACUUCACUGUAAUACAUUUUCAAUGGCAACUGUUCAGGACUACCCACCUGAGACCUGAGGAAUUUCAAACCACCUCUUAACCCCUGCCAACAUGCUCAGACUACCCUCCAGUGUCACAUGACAAAAUCUGAGGUUGAUCAACUACUCAAUUGAGGAUUUGAACGGUGGCAGGUUGGUCUAGUGGCCAGGAGUUUUGGAUGUGGAAAAUGAAAGUUUGCUAGUUCUUAUUGUUGAGCCUACAACAUGUAAAAAACCUGUUGUUCUGUCCCUGAGCCAGACAGUGUAACCUAAUUACUCCCAGGCCUUUGCUUAAAAUACGAAUGUGUUCUUAGCAUACUUACAGAACAAAUGAACAGGAAUAAUUCUGACUAGUACCUGGGUGUAAUUGCUCCCUUAUGCUGUAUCAGUACACAUGAACUGGAGGCCACAAAGUUUUUUAUUUUAAAUAAAUGCAGCAUUUUCACCUGUAUUGGUCACAUUCUCCACAAAAAAUCUGAUUAAAUAAAUAUGUUUAAAUUAAAUUCCAGAAUCCUUUCAUUGUUUUGUUGAAAAAGCUCAAAUAAAAUGUACAUGGUAUGUUUUCUGUCCAAUAAAUCACAUUUUCCAUCCAAUUACCAAUACGUUGUUAUACAAGUAAGCGAGACAUUUCUAAAAUAUUCAAAAAGAAAUAAUGAAGCACCCUUUAAAGUCCAUCAA